AAUUUAUUUCAUCUUUGUUGUAAUUAUGAAUGAAAAAAAUAAUUGUAUAAUUCUUAACAUAUAUCAGCUUAUUACCUGAAUACAAUUUGAAUUAUGGUUGCUUGAAGGGUUAUAUACAACUUGUGCCAACAUUGUAAGGCGUGAAAGAUAACAGAUCGUUUUUUUCUUUCUAACAUUGAUAUCAUGCAAAUGUGACAUAAAAGUUUCUGGCGCCAAAAUGACUACAUCAGAGAAACAAUCAAAGAUCAGAGAAUCUUUGCAAAAUUUACAGCCAGCAGCUACGGACAAAGAAAAUCUAGUUGGGGCUGGAAGAAUGCUCAAAGCAGAUUUAACACUCAAAGAUGCAUUAAAAAAAGAUAUUAAAAGCACAUCAGUGAAACCAAAAAAAGAAAGCACAAUACAUAAAAAAAUUGUUUACAAACAUAAAGCAGUUCAAACAGCGAGAGGAGAAAAGAUUAAAAUUGAAGUAGAAGAUUUGACUUCUGAAGCUGGUCCAAGUGAAAAUUAUUGGGAAGUAUUAGCAGAAAGACGACGAAUAGCUCUUGAUGAUGCAUUAGAAGAAAAUAAAGAACUACAUGAACGUAUAUCAAAAUUGCAAGAAGAAAAUCGUUUAUGUAAAGAAAUGUUAGAUGAAACACGGGCAUUGGUUGAAGUAUUACAAGAAAUGAUUGGAGAUGAUAGAAAUGACAUAAAUAAUUCUUUGGAGGAUAGUGCUCUAUAAUUUUAUAUUAGAUGUUUAUGAGUAAUAAAAAUAUUAAUUUCAUACAUUA